GCGCUCCCGCCCGAGGACGAGGCGCUCGUCGACCAGCUGCUCCGCAAGCGCGGCGUCGUCGCCAAGUUCGCCAGGGAGCAGGUCAGCGACACGGAUCUCUCGCGCCUGCGCCCGGGGCAGUGGCUGAACGACGAGGUGAUCAACUUUUAUGGGGCGAUGAUCUUGGGGAGGGCGGAGGCGGCGAGUAAGGGGAAGGAGAAGGAGAAUGAGAGAAGGGAGGGGAAGGGGAAGCGGCCGUUGGAUAUUCAUUAUUUCAACUCGUUCUUUUGGAGCAAGUUGGUGAAUGAGGGGUAUGAGAAGGGGCGGUUGGCGAGGUGGACGAAGAAGAUCGACAUCUUCUCCAAAGAUGCUAUCAUCUUGCCCGUCAACCACUCGAAUACGCAUUGGACGAGCGCGGCGAUCAACUUCAGGAAAAAGCGCAUCGAGUACUACGAUUCGCUGGGGUCGAAGAGUCCGAUGGUAUAUAGGCACCUCCGCGCCUACCUAGACGCCGAGUCGCGGAAUAAGAAGAAAAAGCCAUUCGACUUUACCGGGUGGGAGGACUACUUUGAUGAGAACGCCCCCCAACAAGAGAAUGCGUUUGACUGCGGCGUGUUCUCAUGCCAGUUCAUGGAGGCCAUCUCGCGCGGCGAAGAGACGUUCAACUUCGAGCAGAAGAACAUGCCGUACUUGCGCCGGCGGAUGGUGUGGGAGAUUGGGAAUGGGAGGUUUAAGGAUGAUCAUUGA